UCAUUCAGCUCGCCAAAUGAUUCGGUCCAAGGGAGGUUUCAGCAGAGGUGCGUAUGCAAGUCCCGUGCCCUUUCUGAGCACCACGGCGAUCAUUAUUUCCACGGCAUUCUCGGACUUCCUUCCCGUUGCGCGUACGAACGGCGCGGUUCUUCCUUGGAAUUGUCAGCGAUUCGCCACGUCAGAGAAGACGAUCACCGCCUGGCCAGCGGUGUGGCACGGUGGAGAGCCGCCGCCAUUUGAUAGCCUUCAACGCUGCGGCGUCCCCAUCGAUAUAGUCGCAUACGCGAUCCGCUAGUACAAGCGCAGUGAACCCCUGUAGGUGCCUGCGUUGGUGUCAUCGGGCGACUGUCGCUCGUCGCCUGGGCAUCGAGAGAGUGGCGAGGCGCGAGUGCGACAGUAGCGAUGGGCGCUUCGUCGCGACUCGACAUCCCCGAGGCAACGGCCGGCACGGAUGGCGCGAGCAAGGCGCAGCUGCCAUCGGACGCGGAGCAGCAAAAGCGCGGGGGGCGGGUGACGUGGGGGCGCGUGGUGUGCUGCUCGCUGUGCGCGCUGCUGCUGCUGCUCGCCGUCGCUGUGGCCGUGGCCGUCUCCAUCUUCGUGCUGUACCAGCCCAUGGCGCCCGAGUUCACGGUGACGCGCAUCACCAUCGCGCACAUGGCGCUCACCCCGCUGCUGCCGCCCACACCGCCCUCAUCAUUGCCGCUGCUGCCAGCCACCGCCCCCGCCUCCUUGCCCCCUCCUAAUGUCCCCCUCCCCGGCAACACAUCGCUGCCCGGCAACCUGUCCCUGCCCUCCUUGACCGCCCCGCUGCCGUCCAACUUCACCCUCACCACCGCCCAGCUCGCUGCUGCCGUCAACGCCACUGCUGCUGCCGCCACUCUCCCCGCCAACUCCACCUCUCCGCCCUCCCCUGCUGCCACUGCUGCCGCCGCUGCCGCCUCUAGACUCAUCUCCCCUCUCGCCUCAUCCCCUUUACUGACAUCCCCGCUACUAGCCAAUGCAAACCUGACGAUCAACGCGCCCCCAGGCACAACGCUGGUUGGGCUGCUGGCGGCGCGCGAGGCGGAGCUGGACGGCGCGCUGGACGUGGCGGUGGUGGCGGGCAACCGCAACCACGUGGGCAUCUCGUAUGAAUACGUCAGCAUCCUGGCGCGCUUUCAAGACAAGGACGUCGGCAAUGCAUCGAUCCCUGCGUACCACCAGCCGCCGCGCAGCAACACCACGGUGCAGGCCCGCGUGCUGCUCACGCACCUGCCUCUGCACCUCUCGCCCGCCGUCAACUCGCCCCUCUCCCGCCAAGCCCUCUCCGCCUACUCCACUCUGCCGCUGCAGCUGGCCAUUGAGGUGCGCGCCAACGUGGACGUGUACAACAUUGGAACUCCUUAUAUCACGGUCAAUCUAAUGUGCGAUUUGGAUGUCAACAUUGCACAGCAGAGCGUGAACAACACAAGAUGUCACCUUGAGGGCAUUCAUUUGUGAUCAAAGAUGCUUAUUGUGGAUGAUAGAUUAUUUAUCUGUUGUAGAAAGGCGUUUCCAAUGAGUCAAACAGUAGUCACGCUUCUUUUAGGUGGCGAAGCAUGGUAUUGUGGUAAUACAGAAUCAUGCGUUCU